AGAAAUAUAUAUGAAUUCAUUAAACCGUCUUAAAUACCAUUAAUUAAGUAAAUGACAAAAUAUAUAUGCCAGCUAACACCCCAGCUCAAAAGUCAAAAGUCAAAACCCAAAACUUUGUCUAAAAUGACAACCAGUUUAACCACAAACCCAUGCUCUUAAUCUACAUUUAUCAUGGAAAUUAACGUUUGUCGUAUAUAUAAAAGUAUGUGGUAUGUGUGUAGAAGAUAAAAACAAAAUUGAGAAACAGUAAACCCUUUAUUGUGUCUAUAAAUGUUUCGAAACUGCAAGCUCAUACACAUGAGCCAGGCAAACAAGUUCCCAAAGAAAAUAAACAAUGGGUUUAAUCCCUUCCGACAGCUCAUGUCCUCCACAUGUUGUUCUUUUUCCGUUCAUGUCCAAAGGCCACACCAUACCCCUUCUCCAUUUCGCCCGCAUCCUCCUCCAUCGCCGCGACACGGCGGUCACCGUCUUCACCACCCCUGCCAACCGCCCAUUCAUUGCAGAGUCUCUCAACGGCACCGCCGCCACCAUAAUAACCCUUCCCUUCCCAGAAAACAUCGCCUCCGACAUCCCCAACGGAAUAGAGAGCACCGACAAGCUUCCUUCCAUAUGUCUGUUCUGCAAGUUCGCGAUGGCCACCGAAGCCAUGCAGCCACACUUCGAAGAAGCCCUCAAGACUCUUCCACGUGUCAGCUUCAUGGUCACCGAUGGUUUCCUCUGGUGGACACUAGAGUCAGCCACCAAGUUCAGUGUCCCCAGGUUUGUCUACUUCGGCAUGAACUGUUACAGCCUUUGCCUUUCCAUGGAAGCGAUGAAAGCAGGGAUUUUUAGUGGGUCACAGCCCGACGAUGAGUUAGUAACUUUGACUCGUUUCCCAUGGAUCAGGCUCAGUAAGGAAGACUUUGAUCCUGCGUUCAGAAACAGAGAACCAGAUAGCCUUGAAAACGUGUUCAACAUGAAAUCAAUCUCAUCCACACUCAACAGCUCUGGUAUUUUGGUUAAUAGCUUCUACGAGCUUGAGCCUAAGUUUGUUGAUUAUUUGAACACAGAGUCCAGUCCAAAGAACUGGUGCAUUGGUCCACUUUGUUUGAGUGAACAAACGCCCAAGAUUUAUUCCGAAUCAGAUAUGAAACCAACUUGGGUGAGGUGGCUAGAUCAGAAGAGUUGUUCUGUUCUGUAUGUGGCUUUUGGGUCACAGGCAGAGAUUUCACAAGAACAAAUAAAAGAGAUAGCAAUUGGGCUGGAGGAAUCGAUGGUGAAUUUCUUGUGGGUGGUGAGAAAGGAUGAUGAGUGGGGUGGUCUACCAGAUGGGUUUGAAGAGAGAGUGAAAGGGAGAGGAAUGGUUGUGAGAGAGUGGGUGGAUCAAAGAGAAAUACUAAUGCAUGAGAGCGUGGAAGGGUUUCUGAGCCAUUGUGGAUGGAACUCUGUUUUGGAGAGCAUAUGUGCUGGGGUUCCUAUUCUUGCUUGGCCAAUGAUGGCAGAGCAGCCUCUGAAUGCAAGAAUGGUUGUGGAUGAGAUAAAGGUUGGUUUGAGGGUUGAAACUUCCAAUGGUUCUGUCAAAGGGUUUGUGAAAUGGGAAGGAGUGAGGAAUAAGGUGAGGGAGUUGAUGGAAGAAGAGAAAGGGAGAGAAGCAAGGAAGAAGGUGAGGGAACUUGCUCAGAUGGCCAAAGUGGCUGUGCAAGAGGGUGGUUCAUCGUGGUCCACCUUACACUCACUCCUUCAAGAGACAUGUUUCAAGAAAGAAAAGUCUCCAGUUUGAGAACUGAUCAAUUCUGCUAUGGUUGUAAAAGUCUUAACUGCACCAUUAUUUUCCUUGUUUUACUAUAUCUUGGUACGACGUACUAGUCCACAUUGACGACGGAAGAAUGAUGCAAUUCUAUCAAACUCGA